GUUUGCGGGAUGUAAAAAUCUGGUUGGAACCGGUUUUUCCAUCUUAUAUUUCUAUAUAAAAACUUUAUAAAAAAAGAUACGGCCAUUAUUUUACAUUUAAGAGAAACCAUCGUCUAUAUCGGCUUGUUCUGUCCUUCCGAUUAUUUCGCGUCUCCUGUAGAAGCCGCGCACAAUGCCUAAAAGAAAGGCUGAAGGUGAUGCCAAAGUUUCCAAGGCUAAGCAGGAGCCUGCAAGGCGGUCCGUAAGGUUGUCAGCUAAACCACCUCCUCCCAAACCAGAGCCAAAAAAGAAGGCAGCACCUAAGAAGGCUGUUAAAGGAAAGAAGGGCAAGGCUGAUGCUGGAAACAAUCCUGCUGAAAAUGGAGAUGCCAAGUCAGACCAGGCACAGAAGACUGAAAGCACUGGAGAUGCCAAGUAAACUGCGUGUGAUCUUUUGAUAAUUCUGUGUACUCUUGGUGACUGUACAGUUUGAAAUAACUAUUUUUUAUCCAGUUUUAUAUAAAAAAAAGGUUGUUAGAUUUCCAUUGUUAGUUUCCUACAUUUUGUUGUACUGAACCAUUGUGUUGCAUAAGGGUUUUCUUUUUUAUUUCAUUUUUCAAUGCCAUUGUGUUGUUUUUGGGUUUUGUUUUGUUUAUUUUGGACAUUCUGUAAACUCCGUCCAUGACAUGCUACAUUAGGUCUCCCCCUUUUUUUUUAUUAAACAUUAAUCUUUAGAAGUUCAGUAGUGUUUUUUUUUCUUUUGUUUUUUUUUUAACUCCUUAAUCUAAUUGUAAGGCAGCUAAUGUGGUAUUCUUUGGGUUAUUCUUUUAGGGUAACGCCAAAUCCUCCCCUUUUUGUGUAAUUCUAGUACAUAAUGAUUUAAAGCUGUGCUAGUAUUUGAAUAGAACAUGAGUUUAAAGUGUGAAUUUUCUCUCCCCGUUUUAAAUGAAUAUGUAAUACUCUGAUUGCUUCUGUAUUGCUUAUAAUUUUAUUUUGGUUGAAACUCAAGUGGUGGUUGUCUUUAUAUAUUAAAAAUCAAUCUUAAAGGCUUGCAUUAAUAAAAAAAAAAAGUAAUGUUUGACUUAAUUAUCUGGAGUUUUCUCCAAACCUGUACUGUAUAUGAAGGACCUUAUUUCCUUAUGGGCUAAACUAAUGUAGGGGUCACAAAAUUCUGGGCUACAAUUAAAGUCCGGAAGUGUGGUAUGAGAUGGUGCUUUUAGCAUUUAUGGACUUGUGUUAUCACAAGUUUUCAAAUAAACUAUAUGUUUUCAUAGUACAACAA